AUGUCCGACGAAACGGCGCCGAAAACUCCGCCCUUGACUACUUUGUACCGCAGUGUAGUGACCCCACCAGAUUCGGGUAGUUCUAUCGACAACCCCAUACUUAUAUACGAUUCUGAUGACUUAGACGACUCAAGUAUGGAGGUUCUUCGUGGACCUCUUCGUCAACUAGCUGAUAACAGUCCAUCGCCCUCCCCUCGGCCUGCGGACAAAUUGAAGCCUAAAAAGACCCGGCGUCAUGAUAGAGAUUCCUCUCUUUCUGGAGAUGAUAAUGUAGAAAUGCGGGAUGAUAUUGAGCAUGUCGAAGAAUCGGACCUCGCUACAAUCGAGAAUGCAUCUCACAACACACCUCGGAGCUCUCCAGAACCGUCAUCGGACAUUCCAAAUGACAGUGCUUCUCCAAGGGACCAUGAUACAGUCGCAAUUCCCGCGACUCCUCCCUCACCCGUCGCAGGGCCAUUACCAAUUUGGAAGCUGGAAAUGAAAAUCAAAGAUAUCAUUUUAAAAGACGCCACGAAGACGGAACUAGAAAACGAGGGCCAGGCCUAUAUAUAUGGAGAUCCGAAAAACGAGGCAGGAUAUUUCAAAGUGGGAAGAUCCAAAACCGCAAUGAGGCGCGUACAAGGGCUCCAAAAGUGCAAACAUUACACCUUCGAAUUGAUAGAUGUCGUACCCCGAGAGCGGAAAAUUCGAGGGUUCGGCCGUUUGGAGUCGUUAGCGCAAGCUGAACUCACGAAUAUGAAGUACUCAUUCGACUGCAAGUGCUUCACGGUACACAGAGAAUACUUUACCGGACAAAACCAUGAGGCCUUAGAGAUCGUUGCUAGUUGGUUCAGCUGGCUGAAACACAAUCCUUAUGACGAGGCAUUUCGGCUUUCUCCUUUCUGGACGGAUAGACUUGAUCUUCUUGGAGGGGAUGCAUUCAGUCAUCUCAGAUGCCCUAGCGCUCAAUGCCACUCCAAUGAGGACAUCGGUGGUAGCUCAUGUCAAGCAUGUCUCCGGAUACGCUUGAAAGCAUGGAUUUACGUGACUGAUUUCGAUUAUUUUAAAUAUGAAUGUCGCAUGAGGGUUGGCAGGGAGUCGAUCCGCAAAGCCAUGUACUGGAUGUGGCCCUAUUUUGGGGAUCGCAUGUUGAUCCUCAUUGAUGGCUGGGAGAAUAUAGAAUUUCUGGUUAAUUUUUUGUUGGCCCCGACAACUCAUUUGAAACUCCUUUCGGCAUUAGUGCUAUGGUGCUUAUACAGUGUGCCUGCUGCGUGCAACGUGUACUGCUUUAUAUACUGCGCCAUCGCCUAUUCACGGAUUAUGAGCGGAUUGGGCAAGAGAGCAGAUGGCCCUCAAUUGACAAAGAACCCAACGUGCCCUCGAAGACCCAGGAAAAAAGCCCUUGGAACUUUGAUUUCACCAGGACCUGAGAUCGAGCCAGCAGCUGAGAAGGAGACACCAGAUAAACAAGAGCAUCGCUCCAGGAAUUGCUUGGUGAACAAUGAACCAAUUGACAUAAAUAUUCCCGGGGGCUAUAGCACCCCUAAUUCCCAGGAAAUGUCUGAAAUCCCGUAUGUAUAA